AUGUACGGCAACGAUCAUGCCGAUGCCGAUCUGGUCGUACCUGUUGUAGUUGGUUUUGCGCGGGAAACGGCCCGAGUGCGCGCGGGGGAAGAAAAGGAGGGGGUUGAUGGGGGACGUGGGGAGAACCUUCGGGGGCGUGUGGGUACGCGUGCGUGCGUAUGUUUUGUAGUACGGCACAAGUUCACACGCUUAUCAGACUACAGAUACAAACUACCAUACACACACACGCGCACUCACACACAGGCCUUACAGACAAACACCCGCAUCUUGUGUACGACUGUACAGUUUAUGGGAAUUGACAAUAAGAUCACAAAACGAACCUGCCGACUACCCGCACGUCUCCCGCAGGCGGAGCUGGAGGUCGAAAGAUGGGCGGCGGUGCCCGAGGCGGCGGUGAAGCGGGUGGUGGCGACCGUGAGGGGGGUGAGCGUGGCAGGGGUGAGCGUGGCGGGGGUGAGGGGGGUGGUGGUGAGGGGGGAGGUGGUGCCGAGCGUGGUGGUGAUGGUGGUGGUGAGCGUGGUGGCGGAGAUGGCGGCGGCGGCGGUGGUGGUGGAGGCGAGGGUGGUGGAGGUGAUGGUGGUGGUGGUGGCGGUGAGCGUGGCGGGGGUGAUGGCGGUGAGAGUGGCGGGGGUGAUGGCGGUGAGCGAGGCGGGGGUGAUGGCGGUGAGCGUGGCGGGGGUGAUGGCGGUGAGCGUGGCGGGGGUGAUGGCGGUGGUGGUGGCGAGGGUGAUGGCGCCCCACAGCUGCCGGCCCCCUAGCUUGCAUAAAUCGGCACCAAUCGGCAACUGUUCACCAGCCGCCUUCAAUCGAAAGAUGCAGCUAGUAAUUGAGCCCUACCCUCCAGCCGGUCAGCUAGUUUGGCUCCGGCUUGUGGUGGCCCGCCUGGUCAGCCAUAGGGCCAGCAGGGCGGGGCUUCUUGGAGAAGUGGAACAUCAGCCGAGAGGUGGUCCUGGCCUGCAUGCCCCGCUAUCCCUCAAGGCCCUUACGAUGAUGUUAAUAGUAGAAGAGGACGUGGAGGAGGAGAAGGGCGUGCGGGCGGGUGCGUGCUUGGACGCCGAUGCCUUGCCGCAGACUUCGCGGUGA